UACCAUUCCUCAAAUAUAUUCCGCUCCCUCCGUCCCUGAAGUGAGCCUUUAUUAGUCGGCAUCGUUUGGAUCUUAUCUCUCACAGACUGGAGGGUGAGGACGCGGGAUUACCUCCGAGCUGCGCCCCCGAUCCGCCGCGUCCUGACACGGGAGACACUCGCUUAUCGCGCCGCUUCAUCUCCAUCGUCCGCGCGCGGAUGGACGAGAAGCCCCGGAUCCACUUUCAUCACCUCGUCCAUUGUCUGAGGAUCAGAGCGGAGGCUGCGAUCUCAUCCCCGCUCACAUCAUCAUCCUCAUCGUCAUCAUCAAUAUUAUUAUUAACUGAUUCUUUUUUUUUUUAAUCGGCUGAUCACCUGAUCACUGUGAUUUGCAGACAUUUCCCUGCUUGACAUUUGACCCCGACUCGUGCUUCAAGCUCCAGGCUGAAAAAAACUCAAACCUCCACUUUCUUUUCUUUUUUUCUUUUUCAUUUUCUUUUCUUUUCUUGAAAGCAUUUUUAUUUUCUUCGUUCCCCUGAGACUGAAGGUUUCAUCUGAUGCUUCUCUGGUCGGUGGAAUAUGAGUUAAUGUGGAGUUGAGGCUCCGCUUCAAGUUCCUGUCAAGAAACAAGCAGCAGCUCAACUCUUUGUCCAGCAGCUUCGACACAAACAGCGGCGAGUCAAAAUGAUGCUGAGUCCGGACCAGACGGAGGCGGAGCUCUCCUGGACCCAGUCCGACCCGGAGACGAUGCUCGACGGCCUCCGGUCGGCCGGCUGCGGCUCGGACGAGCCGGCGGAGGGAGAGGAGCGCGCCAAGUGCAGGUCCGACCAGCCGCUGAGCAGGGAGGAGAAGCGGCGGCGGCGGAGGGCCACGGCCAAGUACCGCUCGGCCCACGCCACCAGGGAGCGCAUCCGGGUGGAGGCGUUCAACGUGGCCUUCGCGGAGCUGCGGAAGCUGCUGCCCACGUUACCGCCCGACAAGAAACUGUCCAAGAUCGAGAUCCUCAGACUGGCGAUAUGCUACAUCUCCUACCUGAACCACGUGCUGGAUGUGUGAGGGGGGCCCCCCGCCCCUUCCCCUCGACCCCAGCCCGGGGAGGCAGAGCGCUUCGCUCCGUCCCGUCCGGUGCCGUCCGGUCCGGUUUGGUUUGGGUAGAUUUUGCGCACGCUGCUGCUGCGCGUCACUUUGGUUUGGCACAAACAUGCACAUGUCCAGAGUUUGUGUCGCUUUUGUUUUAAACCCCACAUGAAAACAGAGUCCGGAGCCUUUUAAAAACUACAAAAAUUCAACAAAACAAAAAAAAAACUCAAUGUGCAUUUCAAUCACUGAAGAUGAGAAAAAACAUUUGUGUGACCUGCAGCAGCUGCCGUCAUGCUUUGAGCUUUCAUCCAACCAGAAACAAAUUCAAAUCUGUGAAAUGAUUUUUAAAGAACCAUCUCUCCUCCCGGACACCGGAGCUUUGCCUCCUGCAAACUUGAUGGUGCAAACUUUUUUUUCUCCCUCUUCUUCAAAAUAAAAGCCUCAACUCGCUGCUCGAUGCAAUAAAGAGAAGAAAGAACAUUUCGCCCCCAAACUCCAGCUGGAAGAAAGUUUCCUGCCCCGGAAGUGACUGGAUCAAGGUUUUCACAGAAACUUUUAAAAAAAUUUGAUCGAUUAUUUCCCCACUUGAAAUGAUAUUAAUCACGAAUUCAUAUAUAUAUUUUAAAAAAGGCGAGACACCGUUUCAACGCCAGGUGAAAUAAAAAGCAACAGUUUCCUGAGGGAAGUGACCGGAUGUAGCUGCUUUAGAUUUAGAAUAGAAGAUGUUUUUCCGUCAAGGAAAAAAAAAUGCGUAAGUGCCACUUAUGACAUAUAAAAUUGUGACCUUAAUCAAUUUUUCUUUUAAAGUGUAUGGAAUUAUUUAUUUAUUUAAUGUUAAUAAUUAAGGCUGAUUUAUUUAUGUUGAUGUCAUAGGCUUAUUAUUAUGAUUAUGAUUAUUUUGUAUAAAUGUAUAUUGUUUGUUUGUUUGUUGCUUCUAUAUUUUAGGCUGUGAAACUGAAUUUGGAAAGUGAUGGUGUUUCUACUCUUGGAGAAAAAAAAAUGGCACUUUCUGUUGAUCCAUAGCGUCAUUUAUCGAUUUUAAUGUUUGUCAUUAUUAUCAUUGAUUUAUUCAUGUUGUUUAUUAUGUAUUUAUUUAACGUCUUUUGUUUAUCAAUAGCAAAACAAACAGACAAACAAACAAAAAACGAUAAGCACUUCAGCGAUGGGAUCAAUGGACCCAUUCAUGUUUGUUUCCCACAUGUCAAGAGGUUUUGCUCGUGGGAGGAAUAAUUUGGCUGCUAAAGAAAUAAAUGAAUUAUAAUAAACUGAAAAAUAUAAUUCAAUUUAAACUAAAUUGUGUCAUUGACAAAAUAUUGUGUCAAAGGUUCAGGGUCAAACCUCAUAUUUUGCUGUGACCAAAAACCCCCCAAUAAUAAUAAUAAUAAUAAUAAUUUCGAAAUUUUUAAUUUAUUAUAGUCAAUGUUUUUGAUGUUAUGGUUUAUUUAUUUAUGUAUUUGUGUUAUGGAUUGAACAUGUAAUUUUAUAGUGAACAUAUCCUCUAUCCAAAGAUUUCGUGUCUCUUCAGGGUUCGUGUAGCUUCGUCGCUUUAUGCAGAUCUUUUGUAGUAGAGGUGUCACGUGACAGCUGGUUUCUAAUGGACAAACUUUUCAUAUUUUCUGGUGUUUUUGUUUUUUUUAAUAAAAACCGAAAAUAAUUGUGAAAAAAGUUAUGAACAUUGCCUUUUAUUUCCUGUUCUGAAAAAUAAAAAAGGGCCCAACAGAAACAUGCACAGAGAGGGAUGACGGCACAGGAUGACGUCAGGUUCACGCUCACGUAGACGCGCGCGCACACUCACGCACGUGCAGGGUCAUGUAAGUGCAACAUGCAAAUCAGCAACUCGGCGCACGUGUUGGUUUACAGAGGGUUCACACACACACACACACACACACACACAUUAGCCUACUGUAAACACAUCUAGAUGAAAUUAAGCACAAACCCAUGCACUCUCUCUCUCUUUCUUGUUGUCUCUGGCACACACGCACACGCACAGUUCUACACAGUGCAAGAUGAAAUGAAUACAAACCCAGGAGGAUAAAGAAAGCCACCCCCCCCCCCUCUCUCUUACACACACACACACACACACACACACACACACAGGUCUACACAGUGCAAGA